AUGACGAAAUUCUGGUUUGAUCAGCACGUCACCCUAGACACUGCGCAACCGCUCACGGUGCUUCUAUUCGACCUUUGCUCUCCGGGCCAAGAGCUUCUUUUCGUGCAAGAUGACAGCGGUGGUUUGCUCGUGAAUGGAUGGAACAAUUCCCGUCUCCGCCGCAACACUGUCGCACUUUGUCCAAUCCCUAGUUCUCCUGCAUUGGACAAUGGCGAUCUCCAGGAUCAUGACGUCCAGUGUUCCAACGUGAGAAAACACACUCGUCUGACUGGCGUACCGUUUCCCCAUUAUCAAUAA